AUGACCCCUCCAAAGAAAUUCGUACUAAUUUCCGGCCAAGAACAAAGUGGAGACAUGUUUUCACAGCUCAUGGACAUGAAUUCCCCUUCCACAGUGUUCAUCACCGGCCCGGAGGAGGUGCCUGACGUGGCCACCCGCAGGAUCGAUCUGCCCGACCUCACGUACCUGUCGCUGGACCUGCAGCCGCUGGCCAUCGUCACCUCCAAGGAGGCCUAUGACCUGAGCGUGAGCCAGCGCCGCUGCCGCUUCCCGCACGAGUCCAACCUGCGACUCUCCUCCGUUUACUCGUACGGCAUCUGCCGCAUGGAGUGCCGCAUGCGCCUGGCCUACUCGCUCUGC